AUGCGCCGUGUUGUAUCAAAGUGCCCUGUUACUCUUGGUCAGCGGGCCGCCGCGCAAGGCGCGAUUCGUCUGUACGCCGGCAAGUCAAGUGGUGCAUCGGUCUAUGCCGCUACGUUGCAGCCCCGUUUGGACCAGGCGCUCAAGGAAAUUGAGGAGGCAGGGCUCUACAAGAGGGAAAGGACUAUCGUCACUCCUCAGAGCUCUUCUAUCAGCGUCAAGGAGCGCUCUGAGCCUGUCAUCAACUUCUGCGCCAACAACUACCUCGGUCUUGCUGACAGCCAGGAGCUGAUCGACGUGGCCAAGGAUCACUUGGACAAGUUCGGCCUGGGUCUUGCUCCGUCCGUUUCAUUUGCGGUGUGGCUCCCACGUACGCAGAGCAUCCACAAGGACCUCGAGAAGAAGAUCGCGGAGUUCCACAAGACCGAUGACACCAUCUUGUACACGAGCUGCUGGGACGCCAACGGUGGUAUUUUCGAGACCGUGUUGGGCGAGGGCGACGCCGUCAUCUCCGACGCGCUCAACCACGCUUCGAUUAUUGAUGGUAUCCGCCUGUGCAAGGCCAAGAGGUUCCGUUACAAGCACUUGGACAUGGCCGACCUGGAGGAGCAGCUCAAGAAGGCCGACGGUGAGGGGGCCAAAGUCCGCAUGAUCGCCACCGAUGGCGCCUUCAGCAUGGAUGGUGACGUGGCGCCCUUGGACAAGAUCUGCGCCCUUGCCGACAAGUACAAUGCCCUUGUGAUGGUGGACGAGUCGCACGCUACUGGCUUCUUCGGACCUACUGGCCGCGGUGUGCCCGAGUAUUUUGACGUCAUGGACCGCAUCGAUGUCACCAACUCCACGAUGGGCAAAGCGCUCGGCGGUGCCACUGGAGGCUACACCACCGGCAGGAAGGCGAUCGUCGACCUCCUCAGGCAGAGGUCUCGCCCUUACCUCUUCUCCAACUCUCUGCCGCCUGCGCUUGUCGGCGCCACCCUCCGAACCUUUGAGCUCCUCACCACUUCGACCAAGCUGAGGGAUCAGCUGGAGGCCAACACCGCUCGCUUCAGGCAGGGCAUGAAGAAGGCCGGCUUUAAUGUGCUGGGUAAUGACGCUCACCCGAUCUGCCCGGUGAUGCUGGGCGACGCUCGCCUCGCCAGCAAGAUGGCCGAGGAGAUGCUGGCCCACAACAUCUACGUCAUCGGCUUCUCUUUCCCCGUCGUUCCCAAGGGCGAGGCCCGCAUCAGGGUGCAGCUUUCUGCCAUCCACACGCCCGAGCAGAUCGACAAGGCCAUCGCCGCCUUCACCGCCGUGGGCAAGAAGCUCAACGUCAUCGCCUGA